AUGUUUAAGUUAUAUUUAUUGUAUGUUUUAUUAUUAAAUAUAAGCUAUUCUAUUGGUUUUAAAUAUUUUCAUUCUUUUAUAAAUAAUCCUUUCACUUUUUAUAUUACAAUGGAAUUAUAUACGUGUUUAUUUAUAAUUUACAACUAUAACAAAAAAAUAUUAGUAAUAAGAUACAUAUGGACUAUUACUGAAGAAACAAUUAUAACCCGAAUUAUUGUGAUGGCACCACCACUCAUGGGCUUACACAUGAGAGCGAUCCUUCUACGCACCAUCUUGCACAAUGAUGCCGCCAUGAUAAAAUGUUAG